AUGCUGGGGGCAGCUCUAGGCACUCCUGGACACGAGAGCGGGCUGUCGCACGGCUGUGGGAGUACACUUCAUAGUUCUGCGGGUAAUCUUCGUACCCACCUGGAAGAAAAAACACAGUGGGAACAUCCUAAGUCUGGGAAGAGGAAACGUGUAGCAGGAGGUCUGCCAUAUGGAUGGGAGCAGGAGACUGAUGAAAAUGGACAAGUCUAUUUUGUAGACCACAUAAACAAAAGGACUACCUACCUUGACCCAAGACUGGCCUUUACAGUUGAAGAUAAUCCAGUAAAACCUACUACUAGACAAAAAUAUGAUGGAAACAGUACUGCAAUGGAAAUACUUCAGGGUCGUGACUUGAGUGGAAAAGUGGUUAUAAUCACAGGAGCAAAUUCAGGAAUAG